GUAAACGGUCGUGUGUGCUUGUGUGAUGCGGCGCCAGUUGGCAGGUAGCGUAGUUUACCUUUGCCGCUCUACAAAAGUCAAAUAACAAUAAUAAUCGCAACAACAACAACGACGACAACUGCAACAAUAACAAUAGGCGCAUUCUUAAUUGUGUUUACCUUUCGAUUGUCAUUCGCCAACGUUACAUAGACAGCCACACACAUAUUUGAACAUACAUUUUAUAACUGUGUAUCGUCGCGACUCCUCCUUGCCCCUUUCUUCGUCCCCUCUUUUUGUUUGUUUGUUUUUGGUUCUUGUUCUCUCGGUUUUCCUUCAAUUGGAAUGUGCAGCGAAAAGAAAGGCAAGAAGAAAAGCCAAGCGCAAAGUAAAGAAAAGAACAAAUCAAAUCAGAGCAGCGGUAUUAAAAUUUAUAUAAGCACUAAAAAGCGCACAUAACAUAAUUUACUAUUCACACACACAGACAGACACUCAAGGCAACAACUUCAAAAAAGCAGUAAUAAAUACAAUUUUACACAUUCACAUUCCAUUUUGAUUCUGUUGUGUGUGAAAAACUUAUAAGAGAAAAAAAAAAACAAAAACAACGGCAAAUAACAAAAGUAUCAACAACAACAACAACAACAAUACAGCAUAGCAAAGCAGCGAAGUCAACGUCAAAGAAGAAGAAGCAAGAUAAAUACAUAGCAAUUUCGACUAAAUAAAGUUUACCAAACGUCGUCGGUACAAUCAGAACGUUCCGUUCUCCCGUUUCUGUUUCUUCGAUUUUCCGUUCGUUCCGCGCGCUCCUCUCUCGCGUGAGAGAGAGAUUGGCCACUUGUUGCCGGCUGAGGUACUCCCCCUCAAUAUUCCGUUUCCCAUUCCAUCGAUAUUGGAUUGACAACCGAUUGAUCUGAUCCACCCACUGGCGGAGAUUUGUGGAACGACGACGCUCAGUGGAAGCAGAAGGACGAGGAACCAGUGGAAGGCAUGCAGUUGAUGGCCAGCGGUUACUUCUCCUGUUACUCCUGCAGCAGCUCCAUAUCCUUCAGUUCCCUCAGUUCCGGUUCCCUGUGUUACAAGCUCUCGCGAUGGAUAGCGAUGGUCAGCAGGAGGUUGGGGGCGGAAGUGCACCACCGCUAUGUCGCAUCUGCGUCACCACCCACCAUCAGCAGCACAACAGCACCACUGCAACAGCCACCACAGUCCUGCCCAUGAUACCCAUCUUCGGCGAAGACGCGCUAUGGCAGAAGAUUACCACGCUGGCCAACGUCAAGAUCAGCAAAAACGACACCCUACCGCAACAGGUGUGCGUGGGCUGUGCGAAGACGGCCAUUUCGGCCUGCGUGUUCAAAAAGAAGUGCGAGGAGGCGGAUAACUUUUACCGCCAGAAAUUGAGGCUCCAGAAGAUCGAGGGCGCGGAUCCGCUGGAGACCAGCGCUGCUGCCGACCAGGCCAAAAGCAGCGGCUGCAGCAGUGGCAGCGGGAGUGGGAGCAGCAGCGCCAGCGGAAGUGGCAGCAGUUCCACUAGCAGCAGUUCAUCCUCCUCCGACGAGGACGAAGACAAUGAUCAGGAUCGGGAUAAUGACAAUGAGGUGGAGGCUGGCGGGACACACAAGCUUCUGCAGAAUGGUCAUGGCCAGGCCAUCAAUGGCCAUCGAGAUGAGGACGAUGAGGUCCAGGAGGAUAUGGAGGACCAUCACGAAGCUGGCAAUGACGGGGAGCAGCAGGAAGAUGAUCACGACGAUCACCAUCGAAACGGCCUCGAGUUGAGGGAAACAAACCCUGAGGAUGAGGAUGAUGUGGAGGAGAUAAAUCCACUGAGUCACCACCACAACGACGAUGGGGAGAUAACCGUCCAUGGUGUGCAUCCCAAGGAGCCGUUCGACUUCAACUCCAUUCGCCUGAUGCAGGAGUACAUGCAACAUCAGAUGAACAAGUUUCCGAAUGGCUCCGCCACUGGUCCACCGGGUCAGGAUAUGGAGCUCGAUCUCGACCAGCAGCAUCACGACGACGAUGAUGAUGAGGACAUGUCGCUCCCGCUGAUACCCGAAAUCGAGCUUAUCACGCCGGGGGAUGAAGCGCAAGCGGAUCCCUCGAAUCCAAAUGAUUUGGUCAAUGGAGCCGGCGUUGGCGUGGUUCAGGGGAUGCGGGGACCGGGAUUCCAGUGUCCCCAUUGCUACCAGAUCUUCGAAAUGAAACAGAUCCUUAAGGCGCACAUGCAGAGCGUCCAUGGAGCACCGGGACCGGUGUAUGAGUGCAGUAAUUGCCGCAAGACCUAUUUCUACAAACGUUUUCUGGAGAAGCACAUACGCCGAGGUCGGUGCGUCAAGAAGCGUCGCAAUCAAACUCGGCCCAUGCAGUGUUCGGAUUGCCAUGUCCUCUUCCCCACGGGCCACCAUUUGGGUUGGCAUAAGCGCACCGGGUGUCCUUCGAAGGCGGCCAAAAUGCCAUUGCAGCAGCUUUUCAAGCAGAAUAUUGUGCAGUUCAACAAUUUCCCUAAGCGGAUUGCCGCCGGAGGAGCUCGCAAGCCCACUGCUCCUGAAUUGCAUGUGAAUAAUCGCAAACUGGGCCUGGCCAACAAAAGAAAGGGUCGCACUCGCAUCAAGUUGGAUGCCAAAAAGAUUGCCCUAGCCAAGCAGUUGAUACUGCGCGAGGCCACCACCACGGUGAUUGCCAACGAGCUGAACAUCUCGCGCACCUUCGCCUGGCGCCUGCGCAAAAGUCUGGUUAAUGGUGUAAGUCUGCAUGAGCGGGUGGUGGAUCCAUCGCAGGAGGAACACCACCUCCAACAGCUGCAGCAGCACCACCACCAUCAGCAGCUACAAUUGCAGCAGCAUCAGCAGGAGGAGCAGCAGCAGGCUGCCGCUGUUGCAGCGGCACAAGCGGAACGGGAACGUGAACAUCAUCAGUUGAACCUUUCCUAUAGCCACCUUGGCUUGGGCCUUAUCAAAGAGGAGCGGCAAGACAGCGAGGAUGAAGAGCAGCAUCAGCACCAUCCCUCACAUCAUCAACUGGGUCUAGUGGAUGAGUGCGGAGCGGAGGAGAUCGGCGCUGAGGAGACGGCUGGGUAUAUGGGUGAUGAGGAUGGCGUUUGUGACUUGCUUCGCAAUGGCUAUGACCCCGAUCCCGAUUCUGACCCCAUUGAGCACGAUCCCUUCGAGGGCACCGAGAACAACGACCAUCAUUUGAAUGGAGGUCGGACCGGUUCGGUUUCGCCUGCGCCACCGCUACCGCCGCCAUCGCUGGGAAGUUCCGGUGUUCCGGUGCCGGUGCAGGUUCAUGCUGCCGCGCGUUCCGAUGUUGAGGUCUAUAAACGUCUGCUCGCGGAGUCGCAGCACUUCCCCCACAUCGUGAACGCCCAGCAGUUGCAGAUGCAGCAACAGCAACGCGAGAGGGAGAGGGAGCAGCGGGAACGCGAACGGGAGCAACUGCAGCACCAGAAGGCCCACAAUGGCGGAAUGCCGAUGCUUACUCGUUAUCCGCCGUCCGUCAUGCAUGCCCUGCCCGUCAACCUGUCCCUGCGCUCGAUGCCCCACAUGAACAGCAACGAGAGCAACGGCAGCUCCAGCAGCAACACUGCAGCCCCAGUGCCCGUUUCCGGCUCAUCUGCAGCCUCGACGUCUGCGACGCCAACCGGCAAGAAGCCCCGUAAGCCGAACGUCUUCAUCGAUGACGAGAAGUACGCCAUGGCCAAGUUGCUGGUGGCCCAAAACUCCUCCACCAUGGAGAUUGCACGCGCCCUCAACGUUUCCCAAAUGACGGCCUGGAAGGUGCGCGAUGCCAUUCUCAAGGGAGUGCCGCUCUCCUACCGCAACAAGCGAUCCGAUGGCAGGCAUUCGGACGAGUUUAUCGUAAAGGAGCAGCAACAACAGCAGCACCAGCAGCACCAGCAACAGCAACAACAGGAGCAACAGCAACGCCAGCAGGAGAUGCAGCGGCAGCAGCAACAGCAAAUGGAGCAAAUGGAGCUAAUCAAACAGCAACGCCAGCAACAGGAGUUGCUCCUCCAACAGCAGCAGCAACAACAGCAACAACAACAGCAGCUGCGUCAUCACACACCAGCGGAAACAUCACACUAUCAGCAACAGCAACAGACGCCAAAGUUGCUGCAUCCUCGUCGCCGGUUAAAGGCCGCGGAACGCGAACUGCGCGACAAGGAGAUCACACGCGAAAUACUCGAGCUGAUAAAGGAGGACAGCAACAUUCAGUACUGGAAGGUGUCGGCCCGGCUGGCCGAGAAGGGUAUCAAUAUAUCGCCCUCGUCCGUCUGCCAAAAGCUCAAAUCGAUGGGCAUCCACCGGCGCUGGAAGCCUGGGGACAAGCCACCCAUGCUGGCCAUCAGUCAGCUGAAAGCGGCCACCGUGGCGGCCGCAGCAGCAGCAGCUAGUUUGGCCGGUGUCGGCGGUGUUGUUGGUGGCGCCAGCGCUGGACUGGCCGGCAACAGUUUCGGCCUGGCCGACGACGGCUACGAGCAGCAGCAGUUCGACAUGGGUGGGCCUCACUUUCUCAGUGCCUUUACGCGCUAGACGAACGACCACAAGUCCUCCCCAUCUUAACUUAGAGUUAAAUAUUACACGCAUUGGAGUGGAUCAGAAUCGUAGGGCAGCAAGCAAGCUAUCGGGCAAUUCUUAGGCACUUUGACUUUAAAAUUGUAGGGCAAGUUAUUCUUUACACUAUUCAAGAAAGCAUACAAGUCUGGGCAAUCAUUAAAAAUAUGUGUUUUAGCUUGGCUUUAGAUAAAUGGUAUGAUAAAGGAGUGAAAAAAUUAAUGGAAGAUAAAUAACCAAAUAUCUAGUAUAUCCUUUUUUAACUAAGUAGGCCAACUUAAAUACUUAUACUUGGUUAUCCAAAAGGAAAGUAAACUAAAUCCAAUCUUGUUAGUUAUUUCAUGCAACAUGUUUUAUUUUCCAAAACUCAAAAUAUAAGUUCUUUUUUCAUAGAUAAAUGUAUUGAAGACCUGCACUUUUCAAGACAAAAUACCUAUUAAUUGUCCACAACUACGAUUUUUUAGUUUUUUAUUUUUUUUUUUCGAGCCACCCUAAUCCAAAUGCAUAGACCAGCACAGCAACAACAACAACUUGUAUUUUUUAUAUAGUAUUUGAAAGAGAGAGCGCGCUUGAAAUGUAUUUGUAUUUGUAAUCGAUAUGAGAUAGCAUAUAUUGUAUGAUUCUGUAUUAGAUUUAUAUAUCCAAUAUAUAUGCUAAGCAUUCCUAGAAUGUAACACAAAAAAAAACACGCCCAAAAACACGUUCAUUCCAAGCGAGGAACAUUUUUCCUUUCUUUAAUUUCAGCAGCUUCCUCUUCCUCCAUUCACACACACACAUACACUACACCAACACACACAUAGCUGAUAAUUUUUAAUUAAUUAAUUAUUAUAUUUAUUGAUCGCACGUUCUUGUGUGUGUGUGCCUUUUAGCUGAGAAAUGUAUUUAAAUUUUCACCAUUUUUAAUUUAUUUAUUUUACUCACGCACACACACAUAAGUAGUUAUUCAGUACUGAACUUUAAUUUAGUUAAAUUAAUGCAUCAAUCGAUAAAAUAACAAUCAGAACAAAGCAAACGGAAGCAGAACAAACAGCAGCUAGAGAGAGAGUUAAGAAAGCUAGCAACAUAAGUGCAAUUAUAAAUAAAACUAAACCUUAAAAAAACAGAAGAAUGUUAAAUAAUAACAUGUGACCGAGACAAAAGCUAGGAGCGUGAGAGAAGGGAGAGAAGGAAGAAAGAGAGGGAAAAUUGUUUAUCCAAUUUAAGGCCAAAACACCACUGGAGAUUUUUUUAAAUUUAUGUUUCCAAAUGCGUUAUUCGGAAGUCAUUCCUAGCUUUAAAUACACACUCUUUACUGAAUACCAACUCUUUCAUUUAAAAGCUAACUAUUUUUUAAAUUUCAUAGGCGAAUUUUCAAUAUUUUCAUUUGAAAUUAUUACCAUAUAUUCAGACGAUAAAUGUAUAUAAGUAAAUUAUUUUUAAAUCGUCAUUAAUAAAACCUGUUGAUUUUUGGUUAAACAAAGCCUUACACUGAAAACCUGUAAUAUUAUUAUUAAUUAGGGCAAUUAAAAAAACAAAUUAAUUUAAAAAACUUUUUUUAAUACUCUUAGACACUUCCAAAGACCUACCAAAAUUUUGUUAACCCAUAACUAGGCUGGAAAUUAAAAAAACUAUCACAGAAAUUCCCUCUUAAGAGUGGUAACAGUGGUGUUAAGCUAUUACUUUAAUAACUCACCUAAGGAAACCGAUUCAAUGAUUAACUUGUGCCCCUUUUUCAUCUUUCUUUCUCCUAUUCUUGCUCCACAUUAAACAGUUACUCCGAAUCCAUCCUCCAAUCAAGCCCCAUUUAAGUAAGAAAGUUAUGGAAACAAGACAAACGAUCAAUGUUAAAAACUUCGUAGCCAAUUGUUAGUUAAAAAUUAGAGAAAAAACCACAAAAGAACAAAGCAAAAAAAAAGGAAAAAUGAAGACAAGCUGAUGACUCAGAACUGUAUUUAUUUACAGCCAAUUUUAGGAACAUAUAUUUUAUUAUUUUUUGUUGUUGUGGAUAAAAAGCAUUUGUCUGCAAUUUAUUUUUGUAUAGCUUUUAAGGCCAGAAGUUAGAGAAAAAGAGAUAGCAAGAAAGAGUGAGCGAGCGAGAUUGCGUUAGUGAAGGUUGAGAUAGUAUUUUUUUUACAUUUUUGUACAAUUUGAAAUUGUAACUGCUUUUUAUCAAUCAAUCAAUAAAUGAUUCCCUCCCUCCACCAACCCGCACACAUACAAACACACAUACACACACAUACUGUGCAAAGUAUUUUCUAUAUUCAUUACUUAUAAAUAUAUCCAUAUAAAAAAUAUAUAACAUUUAAAGCAUACGAAACUAAAUUUAUAAAUACAUUUUUUUUGUUUUUUUUUAUCGUAUUUAUUAGCCACAGCUUAUAAAAUAGAUUCUAAAAAAUGAUUACAUUUUUUUGUAUGAAAUGCAAAUAAUGAUGUCUAUGAAAUAUAAUUUAAAGUACAUUAAAAUAUAUAUUUUAAUGCGUAUACUCGUAAGGAUCCAUUGCAAGCAGCAUCAACAAAUAGAACUGACGUGCCUAUGUAGCGAUUAAAUCUGACUAAACACCCACACACGGAUACACCCAAACACACACUUACACCUAGAGACAAGCCGAUGUAAUGCAUUAAAUAAUCAUUCCAAAAUGUCAUAUGAAGGAAAAGAAACAAAAAACGAAAAAAAAAUAAAAACAACAACAUUUAUAUAUUUUUAAAUGAAUAAAUAAUAUUUCAAGAAUA